CUUAUUCGAAUUAUUGGCGCGGAUUGCCAUUUGUUGUCAAUAACAAUUGAAUUUUGGUUAUGAUUUCCAGAAUGAAGAAUUGGUAUAAACUUAGUUGCAAAAAAUGUGAAUUACAGUUGAGUGGAACCCUUAAUGGAGGUCAAAGUUUUCGAUGGACUAAACAUCUUGAAGAUAACCAAGAAUAUUGGAUUGGUAUAUUUAAAAAGAGAGUUUGGAUAUUACGACAGAAUGAAAACGAAAUAUUAUAUAGGGUUUAUGAAUCGAAAGCUAACACAGAAAAUAAUGAAAUUGGAGAAUUGGAAAACAAUUAUAAUAACAUGCUCAAGGAUUAUUUCCAGUUAGGUUUGAAUCUCCAGGAAUAUUAUGAACAAUGGUCCAAAGCUGAUCCUAUUUUCAAAAAAGCUGCAAUAAAUUUUUAUGGAAUAAGGAUUCUCAAUCAAGAAGUAACUGAAAAUAUAUUUUCUUUCAUAUGUUCUUCUAAUAAUAACAUAUCAAGGAUUUCAAGUAUGGUUGAAAAAUUAGCUAGAUUUUAUGGCGAAAAAAUUUGUGAAAUAAAUGGUGAAACAUACUACAGUUUUCCAGAAGUGGAAGAUCUUGUGAAACCCGGUGUUGAAACUAAACUGAGAGAAAACGGUUUUGGUUAUAGGGCAAAAUAUAUCAGUAAAACGGCAGAAAUAAUAAAAGAAAAGGGAGGUAAUUUUUGGAUAGAAAACUUGAACAAGAUGAGUUAUGAUGAAGCUAAGGAAACUCUAAUGACUCUGACUGGAAUUGGAGCUAAAGUUGCUGAUUGUAUUUGUCUAAUGUCUCUUGGACAUUUAGGAGCCUUACCUGUUGAUACACAUGUUUAUCAGAUAGCAGUUAAAUUCUAUAUGCCACAUCUACGUAACAAAAAAACUGUGACUAAAAAAAUAUAUGAUGAAAUUGGUGAUCAUUUCAGAGGAAUGUAUGGACCUCUCGCUGGAUGGGCACAUACGGGAAUACCACCACGUGACAUCCUUGUGAUCUAUCAAAUUUGCCCAGAGGACGAGGAAUAAAAAUAAUAUGCGGUGUUGCCAAAGUGAGCAAUAGAAGUUAAGAGUAUUAUAAUAGUUCCAACUUUUGGCGAAAAGGUGUAUUUUAAAUUAUAUAUUUUCACAAAAUAAGACUUUUGCCUUUUUUGUAAUGAUUUCAUUUACAAAUAUUUUUAAAAUAUGUGCUUUGUAGGGUUACCAUAUCAACAAUUCUUUUGCGAAAAAAAAAAGGUACCAAGAUUAUAAUUUUUUUUAUUAGCAUAUAUCAAAAUUCUAAAGUGUAGAUUAUUGUUUAGAGAAAUUAUGUUAAAACCAGAACACCCCAUAACCCGAUUUGUAAGAAGAAAUAUCACUAAUUUUGUUUUGAACUGAGCAGUCACAUGGUAGCUUUCCUCCUUAAGAGGAUAGUAA